AUGCGCUUCUCCUCCAUCUUCGUUCUGGCCGCCAGCGUCAUGUCUGCCGCCGCCGAGACCAGCACCUCGACGUCGACCUUGUAUGCCACUGUCACCAUUACCAAGUGCAACCCUACCAACACUGCUUGCCCGCUGUAUACUCCUUCGACUAGCUCUACCCCCAUCACCACCUCCAGCUCCACCUCCUCGAGCGUCAUCCCUACGACCUCGUCGUCGUUCUCUUACCCGACUUUCAACACCACCAGCGCCUACUAUCCCACCACCGGAUCCCACCACAACGCUACUGCCUCGUACUCCUACCCGGCCACUUCUUUGACCUCCGUCAAGACUACCGCCGCCACCAAGACCAACCCUGUGCCCACUAGUGCCACUUCGGCCCCGGCCACUGGCGGUGCUAUCUCGACCUCGGCCAAGUCUGGACUCCUGAUGGGUGCCCUUGGUGCUGCUGUUGCUUUCUUGGCAUAG